AUGCAACACGUCAGAGAGCCUUGUGAAUUCCAAUUGGACGAGGAGCCCGGGCAGUCGUUGGCGAAACAGGCCGUGCAGGCGAAGGACACCCCGCACGUGUGUCUGGUGAGCGUGGCCUUUAUCCCCGGCUUCGGCUUGCCAUCGGCCAACCCUCUCUGGGGCGGAGCCACGGGCAUCUGGGUGGGCAACCUGCCCGGCCUUUGCCGCGAAGCCGAAUUCGACCUUUUCCUUCGCCGCCUGGGCUUCCCGAACGUGCAGAUGUCCAUGCCUCGCAAGGCCAGGGCACCCAAGCGAAACAAGGGUUUUGUGUUUCUGAAUCCCGGAAAGACCAAGCUGUUGAUGUUAGUGAACGCCCUCUGGGGCCGCCGGCUCCUCCACCGCGCGCGCGAGCACCCGCUCGUGUUGCGGCCGCAGAACUUGCAUAAUCUGCAGGAGCGCUUCGGCCAGAUCUUGAAGCCAAGCAUGUAA